AAAAAGAAUCCAAAUUUAUCUAUCGAUCAGCUCGCUCGCUCGCUCGCCCGUCGCUCUCCCACCUCCCACCUCUGCUUUGCUUUCCCCCAAACCCCCACUGCCUUUUGCUCUUCACUGCUGCUGCACCAUUAAUCCGUUCCCCAAAAUCCAUGGAUCGGUCGAUCUAGGGUUUGCUUCCUCCCUCUCCCCCUCCGCCUCCGGGUCCGGCACACAACUGAGGGUGAAAAAGCAAGCAACCGGCGGCUCCUCCCCAUUUUACUCCACCGCCCCACCAAACCCGAGCGUGUUGAGCGAGGGAGGCGCCUUUGCUAGCGAAAGUUCCGUCCUUUCCUUCUUCCCCACCGGCCGGCGGGCGGGCAGGCGGGCGGGAUGGCCUCCUCCUCCGGGAGGCGGCCGGGCGCGGGCCCCGGCCCAGGCGGCGGCUCCUCCACCCCGGCCCCGGCGUCCGGCGGCGGCAGGAGGAUCCUGCGCACGCAGACGGCGGGGAACCUGGGCGAGUCCAUCUUCGACAGUGAGGUGGUGCCCUCCUCGCUGGUGGAGAUCGCCCCCAUCCUCCGUGUCGCCAACGAGGUGGAGGCCAGCAACCCCCGGGUCGCAUACCUAUGUCGAUUCUACGCCUUCGAGAAGGCCCAUCGACUCGACCCCACCUCCAGCGGCCGUGGUGUCCGCCAGUUCAAGACCGCGCUCCUACAGAGGCUCGAAAGGGAAAACGACCCGACGUUGAAGGGGAGGGUUAAGCAGAGCGAUGCCCGCGAAAUGCAGAGUUUCUACCAGCACUACUACAAGAAGUACAUCCAGGCGCUCCAGAAUGCCGCCGAUAAAGCUGACCGUGCCCAGCUGACAAAGGCGUAUCAGACUGCGGCUGUUCUGUUUGAGGUCCUGAAGGCCGUCAAUGUCUCACAGAAAAUCGAAGUCGAUCAGGCGAUUUUGGAGACGCACAACCAAGUCGAGGAGAAGAAGAAGCUGUAUCUUCCUUACAAUAUCCUCCCGCUCGACCCUGACAGUGCUGCUAAUCAGGCUAUUAUGCGAUACCCUGAGAUCCAAGCCUCUUUUCACGCUCUUCGUAACACAAGGGGUCUGCCAUGGCCCAAGGACCAUGAAAAGAAGGAUGAUGCAGAUCUUCUUGAGUGGCUUCAGGCACUGUUUGGGUUUCAGAAAGAUAACGUGUCCAAUCAACGAGAACAUCUCAUACUCUUGCUUGCCAACGUCCAUAUAAGGGAGAUGUCCAAACCUGACCAGCAAUCAAAGCUAGACGACCAUGCGCUAGAUAUAGUAAUGAAGAAGCUCUUCAAGAACUACAAAAGAUGGUGCAAAUACCUUGGCCGCAAAAGCAGCUUAUGGCUGCCGACAAUUCAACAAGAAGUACAACAGCGGAAGCUUCUCUAUAUGGGCCUUUAUCUGCUCAUAUGGGGCGAGGCAGCUAACUUGCGAUUUAUGCCAGAGUGUCUUUGCUACAUCUAUCAUCAUAUGGCUUUUGAAUUGUAUGGCAUGUUGGCUGGAAAUGUGAGCCCAACAACUGGUGAAAAUGUUAAACCAGCCUAUGGUGGUGCCGAAGAAGCCUUCCUGAAGAAAGUUGUGACCCCAAUUUACAAAAUCAUAGAGAUGGAAGCUGAAAGGAGCAAGACCAUGAAAUCAAAACACUCACAUUGGAGAAAUUAUGAUGAUCUCAAUGAGUACUUUUGGUCAAGAGAUUGUUUUCGGUUAGGAUGGCCUAUGAGAGCUGAUGCUGAUUUUUUCAAGACUCCAAAUUUUGUUCUCAAUCCUCGAGAUCAGACGAAUGGGGAGCACAGACCAGCUGGUAAUGACCAUUGGAUGGGAAAAGUCAACUUUGUUGAAAUACGGUCAUUUUGGCACAUCUUCCGUAGCUUUGACAGGAUGUGGAGCUUCUUAAUUUUGUCCUUACAGGCCAUGGUUAUAGUUGCUUGGAAUGGUGGCACACCAGGUGACAUCUUUGAUGCAGGAGUGUUCAAACAAGUUUUGAGCAUAUUUAUAACUGCUGCAGUAAUGAAAAUGGGCCAAGCAAUUCUGGACAUUGUCUUGAGCUGGAAAGCAAGAAGAAGCAUGUCUCUUGCUGUCAAACUCCGGUACAUCUUGAAAUUACUAUCAGGAGCUGCAUGGGUUGUAAUUCUACCAGUAACUUACGCAUACACCUCAGACAACCCUACUGGACUCAAUAGAACAAUCAAAAGCUGGUUCGGUGACGGCCGGAACCAGCCAUCGUUAUACAUCUUGGCUGUUGUGAUAUAUUUGUCACCAAAUAUGCUGGCGGCUACGUUAUUCAUUUUUCCUGUCCUGAGGAGAUUUCUUGAGAAGUCAAAUCUUAAAGUUGUAGCCCUCAUAAUGUGGUGGUCACAGCCUCGCUUAUUCGUUGGCAGAGGAAUGCAUGAAGGCGCAUUCUCCCUUUUCAAGUAUACAAUGUUCUGGGUCGUUCUUCUGGCCACAAAAUUGGUAGUGAGCUUCUAUGUGGAGAUCAGGCCACUCGUGCAACCAACAAAAGAUAUAAUGAAGGUGCCAAUAACAACAUUUCAGUGGCACGAGUUCUUCCCACAUGCAAAGAACAACAUCGGUGUUGUCAUUGCACUUUGGGCUCCUAUCAUUCUUGUCUAUUUCAUGGAUACCCAAAUAUGGUAUGCAAUUUUCUCAACAUUAGUUGGUGGUAUCUAUGGGGCAUGUCGUCGUCUUGGUGAGAUACGGACCUUAGGAAUGUUAAGAUCUCGCUUCGAAUCUUUGCCAAAGGCUUUCAAUGAUCACUUGAUUCCAAAUGACUCAAAGAGGAGAGGAUUCCGCUCCGCUUUCUCCAGCAAACCUUAUAAGAAACCUGAGGAUGGCAAAGAAGAAGACAAAAUAGCUGCAAGAUUUGCUCAGAUAUGGAAUCUAAUUAUCACAAGCUUCCGCCAGGAAGACUUGAUAGAUAACAGGGAGAAGGACUUGUUACUUGUUCCAUACUGCAAGGAUCGUGAAAUGGAUAUGAUCCAAUGGCCACCAUUCCUGCUUGCUAGCAAGAUCCCAAUAGCAUUGGACAUGGCAGCAGACAGUGGAGGAAAAGAUCGUGAUCUAAAGAAAAGGAUGAAUUCAGAUCCAUAUUUUACUUAUGCCAUCAAGGAAUGCUAUGCUUCAUUCAAAAACGUAAUAUAUGCUGUAGUGGUUGGUCCACGGGAGCGCGAUGUCAUCCAAAAGAUUUUUAAAGUGGUGGAUGAUCUCGUAGCAGCCGAUACCCUGAUAAAGGAUCUGCACAUGAGUAACUUGCCUACCCUGAGCAAGAAGUUUAUUGAGCUGCUUGUGAUACUGCAAAAGAAUAACAAGGAUGAUCUGGGUCAGGUCAUCAUUUUGUUCCAGGAUAUGCUCGAGGUGGUUACGAGGGAUAUAAUGGAAGACCAACUCACCGAGCUACUGGAACCGGUACAUGGUGGAAAUAACAGAAAACACGAAGGGAUUACACCACUUGAUCAACAGGAACAGGAACAGUUGUUCACUAAAGCCGUUGAAUUUGAAUUUCCUGUGAAGGCAUCAGAUGCCUGGAAGGAAAAGAUAAAAAGGCUUCACCUUCUGCUCACAGUGAAGGAAUCUGCUAUGGAUGUUCCUACAAACCUGGAUGCUAGAAGGAGGAUAUCUUUCUUUGCUAAUUCUCUUUUUAUGGACAUGCCAAAAGCUCCAAAAGUGCGCAAUAUGCUGCCCUUCUCUGUCUUGACUCCCUAUUACAAAGAAGACGUCCUUUUCUCCUCACAAGCACUAGAGGAAGAGAACGAGGAUGGGGUUUCUAUCCUUUUUUACCUGCAAAAAAUCUACCCAGAUGAAUGGAAAAACUUUCUUGAAAGGGUGGACUGCAAGAAUGAAGAGGAACUCCGUGAGACUGAACAAACGGAAGAUGAGCUUCGCCUUUGGGCAUCAUACAGGGGCCAAACUUUGACGAGAACUGUAAGAGGGAUGAUGUACUACCGACAAGCUUUGGUGCUUCAGUCUUGUCUUGAUAUGGCCCCAGAGAAUGGUAUUUCUAUGCGACUGAGCCUGUUUCCUGAUUGUGAUUUUUCGGAACACAGUAUGAUGAUGUAUCAACUAAUUUGCCUGUUUUCCUCAGAUCUUAUGGAAGGCUUCAGGGCUGCAGAUAUACUAUCUGAGGAAUCACACUUGUUGACUCAGUCAAAAGCUGUAGCCGACAUGAAGUUUACAUACGUUGUAUCAUGCCAGUCAUAUGGUAUCCAGAAACGUUCUGGUGAUGCACGUGCACAGGAUAUUCUGAGACUCAUGACAACUUAUCCAUCACUUCGGGUUGCCUACAUUGACGAAGUCGAGGAGACAAGCAAAGAGGGCGAGGCAAGCAAAGAUAGGAGCAAGAAGAUAGAGAAGGUUUACUACUCGGCGUUGGUGAAGGCAGCAGUAACUAAGCCUGAUGAUCCUGGUCAGAAACUCGAUCAGGACAUAUACAGGAUAAAACUUCCAGGCAAUGCAAUGUUGGGUGAAGGGAAACCAGAAAAUCAGAACCAUGCGAUAAUUUUUACUCGAGGCGAAGGCCUACAGACCAUAGACAUGAAUCAGGAGCAUUAUAUGGAGGAGACAUUGAAAAUGAGAAACCUGCUGCAAGAGUUUACGAAGAAACAUGAUGGUGUGAGGUAUCCGACAAUACUUGGUGUAAGAGAACAUAUAUUCACUGGCAGUGUUUCUUCGCUUGCGUGGUUCAUGUCAAACCAAGAGACAAGUUUUGUGACUAUUGGACAGCGUGUACUUGCCAAUCCUUUAAGGGUUCGAUUUCAUUAUGGACAUCCUGAUAUCUUUGAUCGACUUUUCCAUCUCACAAGGGGUGGUGUAAGCAAAGCAUCUAAGAUUAUCAAUCUUAGUGAGGACAUAUUUGCUGGAUUCAAUUCAACGCUGCGUGAAGGAAACGUUACACAUCAUGAAUACAUGCAAGUUGGCAAGGGAAGAGAUGUUGGUCUCAACCAGAUUUCACUAUUCGAGGCAAAAAUUGCGUAUGGUAAUGGCGAACAGACACUGAGCCGUGACAUCUACCGACUUGGGCAUCGUUUUGAUUUCUUCAGAAUGUUGUCCUGCUACUACACUACUAUUGGCUUCUACUUCAGCACAAUGAUUACGGUAUGGACCGUGUAUGUAUUUCUCUAUGGGCGUCUGUAUCUUGUCCUCAGUGGGCUUGAUAAAGGACUAGCCACUGGAAGAAGGUUUAUACACAAUGACCCUCUCCAAGUCGCUCUCGCUUCGCAAUCUUUUGUUCAGCUUGGCUUCUUGAUGGCGCUCCCUAUGAUGAUGGAGAUCGGUCUGGAGAGAGGGUUCAGGACCGCGUUGAGCGACUUUGUGCUCAUGCAGCUUCAGUUAGCGUCCGUCUUCUUCACAUUCUCCCUCGGAACCAAGACUCACUACUACGGAAAGACGCUGCUCCACGGAGGAGCCGAGUACAGAGCCACCGGACGUGGAUUCGUGGUGUUCCAUGCCAAAUUCGCCGAGAACUAUCGACUGUACUCACGGAGCCAUUUCGUCAAGGGCAUCGAGCUGAUGAUCCUGCUUAUCGUGUUUGAGAUCUUCGGGCAGUCGUACCGAGGAGCUAUCGCGUACAUCUUCAUCACCUUCUCCAUGUGGUUCAUGGUUGUCACCUGGCUCUUUGCGCCGUUCCUGUUCAACCCUUCUGGGUUCGAGUGGCAGAAGAUUGUGGACGACUGGACCGACUGGAACAAGUGGAUCAGCAACCGCGGGGGUAUCGGUGUUUCGCCGGACAAAAGCUGGGAGUCAUGGUGGGAGAAAGAGCACGAGCCACUUAAAUACUCCGGGAAGCGUGGCACCGUUCUUGAGAUAGUGCUGGCGGUGCGCUUCUUCAUCUACCAGUAUGGGCUUGUUUACCAUCUCAACAUAACCAAACACACCAAGAGCGUCCUGGUGUAUUGCUUGUCAUGGGUUGUCAUCUUCUUCAUAUUGCUGGUGAUGAAGGCUGUGUCGGUUGGUCGGCGGAAAUUCAGCGCCGAGUUCCAGCUUGUGUUCCGGCUGCUCAAGGGGCUGAUCUUCAUCGUCUUCAUCUCCACCAUCGUGAUCCUGAUCGUGAUCCCCCACAUGACGAUCCAGGACAUAUUUGUCUGCAUCCUCGCCUUCAUGCCGACGGGAUGGGGCCUGCUCCUGGUUGCUCAGGCGCUGAAGCCUGCGAUCAUGAGCGUGGGGCUGUGGGGGUCGAUCCGGGCGCUGGCUCGUGGGUACGAGAUCAUCAUGGGGCUGCUGCUCUUCACCCCGAUCGCGUUCCUGGCGUGGUUCCCGUUCGUGUCUGAGUUCCAGACCCGGAUGCUCUUCAACCAGGCCUUCAGCCGUGGGCUGCAGAUCUCGAGGAUCCUGGGCGGGCACAAGAAGGACCGGGCGGCGCUGAGCAAGGACGAUAGGUAGAUAGAUCGAUUGCUGUAGUAGCUAGUAAGGUAGGAGGAUGAUUGCCUGCUUGCUUGCUUGCUGUAGAAUAUAUAUGUAUUCCAGGCUGCACAUUGCAUUGGCAAUGUAGUGAACAAGAAAGUCAUAUGGAUGCAUGGUAUGGUUUGUAGUAGUAGUAGUAGUAGUAGUACUAGUGGAGCGAGGAGGCAUGCAUGGUAUAUGCUCAAUUGACCUUAUAUUGGUGAUUAGGAAUUAUAACUGUGGUGCCUGCUUGGUGUGGUCUCUUCCAUGUAAAAAGGAGAAGAAUGUGUAAUUUUUUUGGCUA